AUGUGGGAAUCAAACCUGGGUCCUCUGGAAGAGCAGCUAGUGCUCCUAAAUACCGAACCUCCGCGCCAGCCCUCUCCCAAUGGCAUUUUCAUGAACUGCAAGUUCUACGUAGGUGUCUCGCUGGGUCUUGUGCUCACAGAUAAGCACCAGGGGAACCAAGAGACCGGAAGACCAGAACCGGAAGCAGAUGUGGUGAAUAGCCUGGUGACCUUUGUGCUGUCGAGUAUAAAGACACUGUCCUCCAUCAUCAUCUACCUGUCCCUCCCACUCCACACCUCAGGGAUGCUCCUGGUGGCUAUGCUGACCUGUCUCAGCAUCAUGGUCAUAAUGUCUGUGUGGAGGCAGAGGAGACUGUUGGGGAAGAUGUCUCCAGGACACACCCCAUUGCUCUUCAUUGGGAACUUUCUAGAACUGGACACAGAGAGGUUUUAUGACUCCCUUUCAAAGAUCAGGGCAUGGUAUGGUCCUGUGUUCACCAUCCACCUGGGGCCUCGUCCUGCUGUGGUGCUGUGGGGUUACGAUGCAGUGAAAGAGGCUCUGAUUGACCAAGCUGAGGAGUUCAGUGACUGAGGACAGCAAGCUUUCUUGGACUGGUUCUUCAAAGGCUAUGGUGUGGUGUUCAGCUCCGGGGAAUGAGCCAAGCAACUCAGGCGCUUCUCCAUCGCCACACUGAGGGACUUCGGCCUUGGUAAACGCCGCAUUGAGGAGCGCAUCACCGAGGAGGUUCUCAUACAGGCCUUCCGGGACACACAAGGUGCCAGCAUAGACCCUACCUUCUACAUGAGCCGAACAGUCUCCAAUGUCAUCAGUUCCAUUGUGUUUGGGGACCGCUUUGAGUACGACGACAAAGAAUUCUUGUCACUGUUGGGCAUGAUGUUGCGAAGUUUCUGGUUCACAUCGACUUCAGCUGGACAGCUCUUUGAGACGUUCUAUUCAGCGAUGAAGCACCUGCCAGGAUGCCACCACCAGGCUUAUAAAGAGUUGCAGGGACUGGAGGACUGCAUAGCCAGGAAGGUGGAACAGAACCAGCGCACCCUGGAUCCCAAUUCUCCCUGGGACUUCAUCGACUCCUUUCUAAUCCGCAUGCAGGAGGAGAAGAAGAACCCCCAGACGUUUCACACGAGGAACCUUCUCAUGACCACAAUGAACCUUUUCUUCGCAGGUACAGAGACCGUCAGCACGACCAUGCGUUACGGCUUUCUGCUGCUAAUGAAAAACCCUGACCUUGCAGGUAAGGUUCCAAGAUGCACUGAUCAGGUGAUUGUCAGGAACCAGCCGCCCAAGUUUGAGGACCAUUUGAAGUUGCCCUACACUGAGGCUGUCAUUUACGAGAUCCAGAGAUUUGUAGGUGUGAUUCCUUUUGGUUUGCCUCGUAGCACCACCAAGGACAGCCUCACCCCCAAGGGCACUGAUGUUUUGCCUAUACUUAGUUCUGUGCUGGAGGACCCCCAGUUCUCCAACCCCAAAGACUUUAAUCCCCAACACUUCCUGGAUGACAAGGGGCAGUUUAAGAAGAGCAAUGCUUUUGUGCCCUUCUUCAUGGGAAAGCGAUACUGUUUUGGAGAAAGCCUGGCUAAGAUGGAGCUCUUCAUCUUCUUCACAACCAUCAUGCAGAACUUCCGCUUCAAGUCCCCACAGGCACCCCAAGUCAUAGAUGUGUCCCCACCUGGUUUUGGCACAAUUCCUCGGAAACUUACCAUGAGCUUCCUGCCUCACUUGAUACAGACCAUGGACAUUAGGACUUCAUGGGCUCUGGACACCAUCAUAGCCCUUGGCAGGGGCACAGGCCAAGAACAUCAACGUGGUGUCUAUGGCAAAUGGGCCAAGGACAUCAAUGCGGUCUCCAAUGCUGCAGCAGGACUGGACCUGGACAUGGCCCUAGGUGGCAGCAUGGACUUCAACAUCAACAUGGCCCCAGGCCCUUUGACUGCUCAGCACCGUAGGUGGUGUGAGAAGGACCUUGGGGACGGAGACCGCGAGGGCGGCUAUGCUCCAUAA